AUGCUAAAAGUUCUAAAUUUAGACAUUUAUGAUAAUAUAGACAAUAAUGAUUUGUUACAAAUAGAUGAAAUAGAUGAAGCAGAAGAAGUAAAUAAUGAUACAUUAGCAUUGACUAUUCUCACAAAUAAUGAAUUAUUAAGUGAUAGACAAAAGUUUAAAAAAUGUUUAAUUUGCCAAGGUAAUGCUGUAUAUGCUAAGACGUGUUCAGGAAUUGCAGAAAAAGGUAAUAUUUGUAAUGAAUGUCAUUAUAUUCGAUUCGAUAAAAAUCUCUGUAAUAGAAUUUUAAGAAAAAUAUUAGCAUCAGAAAAUGCUAAAUUUACACUUAAAUUUUAUUGGGAAAAUAAUUCCUUGAAAAAUUAUCUUCAAAAUCUUGAUCUUUAUGAUAUAUGGAAUUUACUUAAUAAUGAUAAUGAAUAUCAAACAUCAAAUCCUUAG